CCGGCGCUGAGCAGCUGUACAGCCUCGGUAUCGCUCACCAUCAGACAACGGGAGACACCGGCGCUGAGCAGACUCGUUUUCUCGCCUGACGCAAAGCUUUAGAAAACGGUGCGGUAUAACGCUAGCCUGUAGGAGCGUUGUUUUAGCGAAAAGGCAUGGGGGACCGAGUAGCUUUACUGCUGCUGGUUUUAGCGGCUUCGGCUCUGGCUGUCGAGGUGCCUACAGAUGUUUCGAUGGGCCUGUUGGCAGAGCCCCAGGUGGCCAUGUUUUGUGGUAAACUCAACAUGCACAUCAACGUCCAGAGUGGCAAGUGGGAGCCGGACCCCUCGGGCACAAAGAGCUGCAUCGGUACCAAGGAGGGCAUCCUGCAAUACUGCCAGGAGGUUUACCCUGAACUCCAGAUUACCAACGUGGUGGAGGCCAAUCAACCAGUCAGCAUCCAGAACUGGUGCAAGAAGGGGCGCAAGCAGUGUCGCAGUCACAUGCACAUCGUGGUGCCCUACCGCUGCCUAGUGGGAGAAUUUGUGAGCGAUGCUCUGCUUGUUCCUGAUAAGUGCAAGUUCCUGCACCAGGAGCGCAUGGAUCAGUGUGAGAGCCACCUGCACUGGCACACUGUGGCCAAAGAGUCCUGCGGAGACCGCACCAUGAACCUCCACGACUAUGGGAUGCUGCUGCCGUGCGGCAUCGACCGCUUCCGAGGAGUGGAGUUUGUGUGCUGCCCCGUUGAGGCGGAGCGUGACGCCGAUAGUGCUGAGCAGGAUCCUGAUGAUUCUGAUGUCUGGUGGGGCGGAGCGGAGACCGACUACUCUGACAACAGUAUGGUGCGUGAGCCAGAGCCAGUGGAGCAGCAAGAGGAAACAAAGCCAUCUGUGGUAGAUGAGGAUGAGGACGAGGAGGAAGAAGUGGCAGAGGAAGAGGAAGAAGAGGAAGAGGAUGAAGAAGAGGACGUGCUGGACAAUGACCAGGAUGGAGAUGGAGAGGAAGAUGAGGAGCUGGUGGACGACGAGGACGAAGAGGAAGAUGAUGACAAUGAUGACGACAUCCUCGACUCACUCAUCGACGGUGAGCCGACUACCAACGUUGCCAUGACGACAACCACCACCACCACCACCGAGUCCGUGGAGGAAGUUGUCAGGGAUGUGUGCUGGGCCAGUGCAGAGACAGGUCCAUGCCGGGCGAUGCUGCCCCGCUGGUACUUUGACCGCGAGGAGGGCCACUGUGUUCAGUUUAUCUACGGCGGCUGUGGAGGCAACAGGAAUAACUUUGAGUCAGAGGCGUACUGCCUGUCUGUCUGCAGCAGCGUCAUUCCCACAGCAACGCCCAGCUCCUCCGAUGCAGUGGACCACUACCUGGAGACGCCCGCUGACGAGAAUGAACAUGCACACUUCCAGAAGGCCAAAGAGAGUCUGGAGGCCAAGCACCGUGAGAGAAUGUCCCAGGUGAUGAAGGAGUGGGAAGAGGCCGAGCGGGAAGCCAAGACUCUUCCACGUGCUGAAAAGAAGGCCGUGAUUCAGCGUUUCCAAGAGAAGGUAGAAGCACUGGAGCAAGAGGCAGCCAGCGAGCGCCAGCAGCUGGUGGAGACUCACAUGGCCCGGGUGGAGGCUCUGCUGAACGACCGCCGCCGCCUGGCUCUGGAGAGCUACCUGACUGCAUUGCAGCAGGAUCCACCCCGGCCCCGUCAUGUUUUCAGCCUGCUGAAGAAGUACGUGCGCGCUGAGCAGAAGGACAGGCAACACACCCUCAAACACUUCGAGCACGUCCGCAUGGUGGAUCCCAAGAAGGCCGCCCAGAUUAGACCUCAGGUGCUGACCCACCUGCGCGUUAUUGAGGAGCGCAUGAACCAAUCUCUCGGACUCCUCUACAAAGUGCCCGGUGUGGCUGAUGAUAUCCAGGACCAAGUCGAGCUCCUGCAGAGGGAGCAGGCAGAGAUGGCUCAGCAGCUGGCUAACCUGCAGACAGACGUGAGGGUGAGCUAUGGAAAUGACGCCCUGAUGCCCGACCAGGAGCUGGGAGAUGGCCAGACCGACCUGUUGCCGCAGGAAGACACUCUGGGACUGGCUGGAGUCGGCUUCAUCCACCCUGAGAGCUUCAACCAGCCCAAUACCGACAACCAGGUUGAGCCAGUAGACUCCCGCCCCAAUCUCGACGGAGGCAUUCCAACACGACCAGUUACUGGAAUGAAGAUGGAAGCUAUUCCUGAGAUGCGGAUGGAGACUGAGGACAGACAGAGCACAGAGUACGAAGUUCGCCACCAGAAACUGGUCUUCUUCGCAGAGGAUGUGGGCUCCAACAAGGGCGCCAUCAUCGGCCUGAUGGUCGGAGGUGUCGUCAUAGCAACCGUGAUCGUCAUCACCCUGGUGAUGCUGAGAAAGAAACAGUACACCUCCAUCCACCACGGAGUCAUCGAGGUGGAUGCUGCCGUCACCCCCGAGGAGCGCCACCUGUCAAAGAUGCAGCAGAACGGUUACGAGAACCCAACCUACAAGUUCUUUGAGCAGAUGCAGAACUGAGGAGGAUGUCACAUGUACACAUACGUAAACACACACAAAAAAAACAACAAAUGCACACAAACCAUUCUCAUCCCACACAUCGUCAACUCCCCUCCCCUUACCUUCCCUCCUCUUCCCUUCCCCAGCCCUCCCUUCAACCAAAAGACGGAUCUUUAAGUGACUGAAAUAGUCAGUUACGAGCACAAGGAGCGACUGUAGCAAGGGUAUUUCUUUCUUUUUUUUUUCUUACACUGCGGCCAAGCCACUCUGCACCAAGUUUGUUCACUUUACUGGAGCAAGACGCCUUUUUAAUUAAAGGAAGGAGUUUUUAUACGUUUCUCCAUCAGGGCCUGCUGAUGUAUGGAGGGGAAAGAAAAACCUUAAAACAAGCAAAGCCCCUGCCCGGUGCAUGGAAACAAACCCGUUCUCUUGGGGAAGACGAGCACACGUUCGCUCUCUCUCAACACUGAUUCAGGGCCAGUGUGUAGUUGGGUUUAUUAUGUUUAUUUUUAGGCUCGGGUCGCUUUUAGGUGUGGACUUUGUGUAAGCAGAUCCAACCGCUGAUCAGUAGGGUGUUUAGACGCAUGCUGGCCUCGGCCUUCGUUAUUAAAAUAAUUAAUUUUAAAAAUUUGUUGCAUGCAGAAUCAUCAGAAUCGAGCAGUUUCCUCUGAAUCGCUUUUGUUUUUGCGUCUUCGUAAUGAUUAUAUGAUUUUGGAAAUAUAGCAGCGCCAUGAUUUUUACGAGGCCCAGUGUUUUCCUCGCCUACUGCACCACUACUGCACACUCUCUACAGUCUACACUGGAGUAUAAAUGAGCCUCCUCUCCCUCCCUACUCCUUGGAUCUUUCCCUUCCUCCCUCCCUUCAUCCUCUCCCUUAAUUUUCUUUUGUUUUGUGCAUUCAUACAACAGCUGGGCUGUGUUAAGUCACACAAGGCUCUUAAGGAUAUCUGAAGAUGCUGAUUCUGAUGAUGAUGGUGAAUAUGUUGAUGAUUAUGACGACAGUAGUAAUCAUGUAUUCUGAAUGAGCUGUUUUUAUUUUAAAGUUGCUUUUUUUCUCUCUUUAUCGUUUUCCAGUUUUGUUUUUCAAAAAAGACCGAAAACGGAGAAAAAAAAAAAGAUGUAAAGUCCUUUUUUUAAAUUACGUGUAAUGUUACAGAAGUAAUGCUGAAGUCUUAGCUGUUCCUAUGUAGUGCAUGACAACAAUGACAACAGGAUUUGGAAGUUUCAAGAAAAUAAAAAGGGGGAAAAAAACAAAACACCACCACACGGAGAUCUUACAGCUGCUCUCUCUCGAGAUCAUUUCUCACUUAUAGAUUGUCAUUCUAGCAAGAUUGUACAUUUAGUAUGUUCUCGUGAUCACGUGACUUUAAAAACAAUGAUGAAAAAUAUAUAUAAAUCUAGAUGAACGGGCUCUGCUUUGAUAUCAUGUAAAGAAAAAAACACAUUUAAAAGAUAUGUUUUUGGGUUUUUUUGUUUGUUUUUUUUCCUCCUCCUUCUUUUGCCGUUUAAGUGUGAUCC